AGAGUCAAAGGGGUACUUUAGGAGUACUCACUUUACUAAUAAAACCCCCAAAAUCAUUAGCCUGAGCGAACCCGGCCACCGAUUCUCUGAACAGUACACCAACCCCCGCAAAGCGCAACCGAUUCAGCGAGAGAGAAAGAGAGAAUGCCAGGGAGCUUCGAAUCCCUGUUAGGGUAGCUCAAUUCACUCACAGAGAAGAGAAGAGAGCGAGAGAGAAGGGGAGAAAUUGAGGUUAUAGAGAGAAGGAAUUGGGAAAUUCGAUUCUUUUUCGGUGUUUCCGGUAGAAUGAAUCCGAGCAAAGUUGAAGAUGAUAUGUUUCACCACCAUUUGAGCCCGCACCACCACAUCCUCGAUCAAUCUCAGCCGCCGCUUCUUGACCCCCGCGCCGAGGAGGAGGAGCCUUUCGCCUUUCACGACCUCGUGCUCUUCCGCGACGACGACGAGGACGACGCUAGCCACACCUCGUCGGAGGCUGAGCUCCCAAUCCACCAAAAUCAGCACCAAUCGCCCUCCCAACCGCCGCCUCUCCUCCAAAUUCACAACCAAUCCAACUUGGACACCUCCGUUUUUCGAAGCCCUAACCCUAGCCCUAAUUUGGGCGCGGAAAAUGCCGACGCGAAUAGAGCAGAGAAGCGGCAGCGCUGUGCCCCGGCAUACAUCAGCCCCGAGCCCCACAUUUCCUCCCAAUUCUACACCUUCAACAAGGAAUCUCACUCCCUGAUGAUACGCUGCCUCCUGGAAGGCCGCGCCGCCACUCCAGAUGAGAUCCGCGCCGCCAAUCCCUCCUCCGUGCUCUCCAGCUGGCGCUCUGUAUGGAAGGACCGCAACGAGGACACCGCCUACCUAACUGCCUGGAAGCGUAUCCAGGAUAAGCUCAGCGCCCAUGUCGACACUUCCGCUGGUAAUGAAUACUUGUACUUCAAGAACAAUUCCAAUCAAUGCGUUUCCCAUGUUGAUCAAUGGCAUGAUAUAGUCACACAUUUCCAUUGCGAUGCCGAAUUAAAACACUUAGGGCUCAAAGAAACCUUAGAAAGAAUCAAGCAGAUGUGGACUGUAGGUGCUAAAUUUUAUGGCAUUCCAGAGAGUUAUAUUAGAGUUUGUGUGGCUGCUUGCCCCGUGUGCCUAGAUGAGUCAUCAGGGUGUGCUCCACGCAGCAAACGCCGCAGGUUUGAGUACACAGAAUCAAUUGAUGUUCCAGCUAAAGAAGUGCCCACUAGGUUACAGCAGUUAGCCGCGAAACAUAAGGUGGUCUUAUGUAUAAGACAGAAGUAUAUAAGGUAUAAGCCAUUUAUGGCAGAGGUUAAAGACUACACAUGUCACCGAGCAGGAGAGCCAGCAUCCUCGAAAAAAUCAAGGAUUUUGAAGAGGGAGCCUUACGCGUCAAAGCGGUGUGGAUGUGGGUUUAGAAUCAGAGCUAUUGUGCCGAUAUCAAACUAUAAUGAGAAAGAUAAGACAUUUGUCUAUCAAGAGGAGGGGACAGCUGUAUUUAAGUUGUAUGCGGUGCAUUCUGGGCAUGAGCCAGGUCCAUUGGAUGGGAAUGCUAGGAUUAUGCAUCGGGUUGUCGGGCAUAAAGGAGGCUUUCUGAUGGACCAGGAAACAAUUUACGGGGUGGGAGAGGAAGCAGAGAAUGAAGAUUUUGGGCUCCUGGGGAAGGAUGAAGGUGAUAUGCAACACUCAAUUUUGCAGCAAGUGCAGGAAGUGAGGAAUGAGAUCGAGCUGCUGGAAGGGGAAAUUAGGAAAAUACCGCAUGAGCUUUUGUGUUCAGCUUCUAGGGAACUGUUUGAAGUUGUGAAUAAGCUUAAAAAUGUUAGAGAGUAUGGUUCUAAGUCGGGCGGAUUGCUCUCUGACAAACAGAAUUCAGGAGAUGUUUUGAUGGGGGAAAAUGACCUGGUAGAUUGGGGUGGUGAUCAUCAUCAAAGGAUAUACGAGGAUGGCAAGGAUGCUGAGUUUAUUGAAGAAGAUGAAGACAGCUUUGGAAGAACACUGGGGGAAGUUGCUUCUUGGGAUCAAAUAAGGACAGGCAGUAGAAGUGAGAAGGAUCUGCUUGGUGAGACUUGUAAAUCAGAGAAGCCACUCAAAUGCAUUGAGUUUGAUGAGAAAAGUAUUCUUGAUUGCGGGGAUUCAAAAUUGACCAAGCCCUUAAGGCAUGAUGAGGGUAUAGAUACAGAUGUAGGCUUUGUUGUAGAGAAUUUCUAUGAAAAUCCUAAAUGGUUUGACUCACCCUGUGGCUUAGACUCCGGAGCAGAUUGUGGUGACGGUGAAUUCAGGCAUGGGGGGAUUGUGUAGAAUUCAUACUGCUGGUGAACCCACUCUAACUCACAUCUGAGUUUUUUUAUUGGUGCCAUUCAUCUGUUUCUAUUGUUGGAAGUGGGUCAUACAUGUAUGUAAACAAACAAUUAAUGCCUUUCAUAGCCUCUUAGUUGUCUUUACUGUUUGUAAUUCUGUAAAGUAUGGCCCCUGGGCUACUCUGCACAUACUUUUCAUGACUAUAUUUUAACUUGUUCGAAGGUUCAAAACAUAAACUCUGGCUUAUCAUUUGGAUAUUUUUAAGUGCCCUUCCUUGCUGUUA